AUGCUGGCUGUGCCGCCGUCUCCGGCGCCGUCUCUGACGGCCAAACCACGCGAGUCGGUCCGCAUGAAACGCAUGCAGCUGAUUCUACAGAAAGCGCUCGAGGUGUCGGUGCACGCUGCGUCGCUCGUGGAUCUUCGUGCGUGUCUAGAGAGCGAAUGCCGCGGAGAUGACGACCUCCUUGCUGUGUUCUUUCCGUCCGCAAGACCUGAGAGCCCGGACGAGCCCAAUACCGAGGAAGUGGCGGCCCAAGCAGUCAUGAGUUUGAGACAGAAGGUGGAGACGCUUUUCCAGUGGCUUUGUGAGACACACGACGUGGAUACAGAGCUGCUGGAGCUGGAAGGUCUUCUCCAUGAGGCGGAAGAGCGACAGCUGCGUCACGCCACAGCUGAGGAGAAGAAAGAGCGUGAGCAGAAGACGAGGAACAGCGACAACAAGCACAUGGACGUUAAUCUGGACAGUGAAGAGGUACAGCAGGCAACGAAGGCGACACCCGCAGCGUGGGUACGUGCGGAACGGCUGCGUGCCAAGCUGGAAGAAAAGGACGAGCUUGAGCGGCUGGUCAAAGCUUUGGAGACGAGGAAUCAAGAACUCGAUCGCGUUGUAGAGGAGAAACGACGCGUAGCAACGGCCGAUGUGCAGCGGAUGCAACGCGCAGCGACUCAGCUAGAACAGGUGCGCCAUCUCGCUAUGGACUUUGCCUCUCUCACGUGA